AAAAUUGAAUAUCUCAUUUCAUUUACUACAGGUAUUAAAUAUGGAAGAAUUUGAUUCAGUGAUCGAAGAAUUGUGUCGUAAACGAAUUUCGGCAGCAAUCGAAGAGCGCGAUGAUGAAUGGCGAAGACAUGAACGGUCACAAAUAACAUAUUUACAGAAUGAAAAUGCUCAAAUGUUAAGCGGGUUGCAUACUGAAAUAGAACG